AUGAAGCGAACCAACAGCAAAAGCGCUCGACCUAGCACCAAGUCUUCGUCCUCAUUGAGCGCAGAAGACAAUGCACUCCUUGAAGAAUUGGCAAGAGAAAUUGAAAGAAAACGACAACGUCAAAUGAAGAGACUUUUGGAACGUGAGGAAGAGGAUGAAGAUCAUUACGAUGAUGAUGAUGACGACGAUGAUGUUUUUCAUAUCACAAGAGUAACAACCGAAUUACCGAACAAGAAAAUCAAACAACAAACUUAUUAUCAUGACGGAGAGGACGAAUUUAAUCGUUUUAUGGCCCAAAUGACUUCUUCUCGUGCAAGUAGCAGCAAUAACAAUGCAACCACAGCCUCAUCAUCAUCAAGUAUAACUUCACGAGCAUCCACAACAACAGCAACAACAACAACCGCUCCAACCACUGGAAUUUAUGAUCAUAUGGGCCGUCCUGCUACUCAAGAGGAUCUAGAUUCUCUCCUAGAAAAUCCACGACAGGCUUUCCGAGUUUUAUAUCAAGUGAAAGCAGUUGUUCAGGGAUCUAAGAAAGAAAUUUACAGAGAAUUUGUCAUCUCUGCGACCAUCUUGUUUAAAAACCUGCAUGAAUUGUUGGUUUUAUUAUUCGGAUGGAAUGAAGUUUCGAAUUAUAGAUUUACAGGAACGUUAAAUGGAGACGCAGUCACUAUUGCAAAGAGAGCGAGUAAGAACAAUGUGAGUGCUGCUAGUACCAAAUUCCAUCAAGUAUGUCCUAACAUUGGUGAUCAAUGUGUUUGGAUUCCUGAGGGAGGAAAGGAUAUUAGAGUCACAUUGACUGUAGAGGUUAUUAAUACUUCUGGACAUUUAGAAUCUACUCCUCGAUGUGUGGGACUUCUUAACAAAAUUGGUUUUGCUGAUGGGAAAGAAGGAGUAAUGCAAGAAACCGACACUAACUUGGAUCGAGUGAAUUCAAAGCUGAAACAUAAAAGAUUUGCUGCUAAUUCAUCCAAUAAUAAGGUAGGCAAGCAAGGAAUCAAGUUAAGGGUUAGGAACGAUACAACUGCAUCAGAAUUCAAAUCCAUGGAGAACAAAGUGUUUCGACAAAAGUUGCUCACUCGUCCAUUUAUGCACUAG